CCCAGACGAACUUUUUUUUUUGUGUGUGUUCUAUCGAUCUUCGACAGCCAGCUGAGCUGUCCGGGUAAUUCGCUAAUUUGUCCUCCCAUUCCUCUCACCUUCAAAGCUUCCUCAUCGUCCGGCAUGCGCGCUUUCAACCAUGUUUGCCCUCUUGCUUGGGCCGCGCUGAUGGUCGGCUUGAUGACUGCAAUGGGCGAUGCCACUGCAACCGCCAGUCCUGGCAUCUUUGAAGUGGACGCGCUAUUCCCACGCAACGAAACUUACACUCCUCAGGCGCUGAUGCCCAUUGUGUUUGCGCUGCAGAAUCCGGCUCUGGCUUCCCCGCUGGUAGCCUCGAUGAGCUGGGAAUUGUGGGAAGGCAACAACUACACCUCCCCAGGCUCCGUCACCGACGGCGGUUUUGAAUUUGCCACCCUGGAUUUCUCGUCCAAUGACCCUUUUCUGGUCACCCGCAUCGUCAACACCCUUGCCUACCCCGACGGCUUUUGGACCCUUUCCUGGAGCCUGGAGAUCUACAAUUGCUCUCAGUCUGAGCACUCAACCCAAUCCAUCACCGUGAGCAAUGCCACCGUCUUCACCAUCAGCAGGUCUGGCCGGGCACCCGAUCUUGUGGCAGCCACAUCCGCUGACAUGUGCGGCACCGCGGACGGCUACGCAUUCAACGUAACCUCUUUUGGAGAUACAUGCGGCGUGCUUGGAUCGAGUCCAACCACUAACUCGUGCGCGGCAACUAUCGAUCCUGCAGCCGCAUCCAGUAUAUACGCCGCGGCCACCGCCUCAGCAUGCUCGCCUCUAUACCGCCCACAGAAUCCCAACAUUACUUGUCCGACUUCAACUAGCAAGUCCUCUGCCUCCUCCGCUGACGCCGCGGGCCGAUCUCGCAUGGCAGCAGCAUCGACACUGUUCACGCUGCUGGCCACACUCACUGCCCUGAUCCAUCUUGGAUGACGGGGAUGUAUGCAAUUCAAACCCUAACCUCAAAAAGGCCGCGGGUCUUUUUUCUGUAUAUAGCAGUCGCUAGCCUUAAUCUUGUAUAUUAGUCCUUCUUCUCCUCGAAUCAAAAUCUUUGCGGCAGGCAGGUUGGACACAGGGUCUGCGCUUCAAGUCGUAAUCUUUGCAGUGUUUAGCAGUGCUGCACCCGCUCUAAUUACGAUGGUCACAUGUAAGCACCCAAGCUU